UGUGACGUUAACCCGCACGGUGACAUACAGUCUUAACGACAGGUCAUCUUGAGAAGCACGUCUCUUUUGACCAAACCUGUAAUCCUACUCAAAAUGGCUACUGGACUUAAAGAUGAGAAAGUGAAUGGACAGAAUUCAGAUGAAUCAAGUCUUGGACUUCGUACAGAAGAAAGAGCAAAAUCUAGAGCAGGCCAUCUGGCCUUAUGGAUAGAUGCAGAAAGUGGACACUCCGGCUCUUCUUCCAGGCCGAUAACACCACUUGAUUGCGCGGCAGUUCCUUUGCAUCUUUCACGUAGAUUGCCUACGACAGCUACAGAUAGAGACCCAGCAGUUUAUUCUAUCUUGUUGGAAGAAAGGCUAAGGACAGCGGAAAAACUGAGAAGGGAGCAACUUAAGGCGAAGACACCAUCCACUGGAGCAAGAUUAGAAAAAGCUACACAGAAGAAAUUGGAAGAAGAUAUAAUAGACCAAGAAAGGAAAAGACAAAUAGUUGAGGCCAAGUUGGAGAAGAUGAGAAGAAGACCGGAAGAAAUUAGAAAGAAAAAAGAACAGAUGGAACUUGAAAAGAAGAAAGCUCGGGAGGCAAUGGAAAAGGCAAUAAAGGCUGUGGACAUGGACAAAGUGCAGGAUGAAUCCAAAUUGCAAGAAGAGAGACUCAGAUUCGAGGAGGAGUGCCUUAGGAACUGUGAAAAUAACCAAAAGAAAUACCCCAUUCAGCGCGAUGUGUUUGAAGAAACCAAGGCCCCCUCUCGAUUCAGACGAUGGUGGAAUUCCGUUGUUGAUGCCAUCAGAUCAUUAUCUUGCUUUGGUGGACGCCGACGCAACAGAGUUCACCCUAUGAAGUAAAUGGCCCUGGCGAUGGAGGACCGGAGAGCGCACGAUAGAACUGAUUUAUCGCUAUUAAAAUUUAGUGGAGUGUACUAAACAUUUUGUCAGAGAGACAAAGACGACGAAAAACGGUACAAAAAAGAGGAAAUGACAUAUUUAUCACCGAUUCAAAGUGCCGGUUAAUGUUAUUAUUAUUUUUCUUUAUUCGUAAAGAACGUUGGUAUUCUUUUAA